AUGGCCGCUGUUCACCCCGGGAAAGCUCUGGAAGAUGACCUGGCCUGUCCCAUCUGCUUGGAUUCCUUCCAAGACCCCGUACUCCUGAACUGUGGGCACAAUUUCUGCCAGGCCUGCAUCACCCGGGUCUGGGACGGACUGGAAGAAAACUUUUCCUGUCCCAAGUGCGGGAAGAGAUUCUGGGAGAGGCAUUUGCACCCAAACCCCCUGCUGGGGAAGGUGGUGGAGAGAGCCAGGCAGCUGGGGUGGGGGGCAGAGGGCAGCAUGUGCCAGAAGCACAAGGAGAGGCUCAAGCUGUUCUGCAAGGAGGAUCAGGCCCUGAUCUGCGUGGUGUGUGACAGAUCCAAGGAGCACAGAGCUCACAGGGUGGUUCCCAUCGAGGAGGCAGCCCAGGACUACAAGGGCCAAUUUCAAAGGCACCUGCAGAUUCUGAAAAAUGAGAGCGCCAGCCAGGAGGCCUUCACCGUCAGUGAAGGGAGGAGGCUGGAGACGCUGCUGGCUCACACCAAGGCCGAGAAGCAGCAAGUGGUGUCCACCUUCCAGCAUCUGUAUCGGCGGCUGCAGGAAAAGGAGCGCCUCCUGCUGAAGGGGCUGGGUAACGUGGCCCAGGGUGUGAAGCAGCUGCGGCAGGAGAACAUCAACUGGCUCCACCAGAGGGCGACUCUGCUGCAUGGACUGGUAGCCGAGCUAGAGGGGAAGUGCCGGCUGCCGGAUGCUGAGCUCCUCAAGGACGCCGAAAGCACCUUGAACAAGUAUAAAAAGAUGAUGCUGCCCGAAUUGGCGUCUGCGCCCAUGGCUGAACUGGAGGAGAGCAUCAGGCAUCACUCCCGCAAGAGGAGAGCUCUCCAGGACGAGAUGUGGGAGAGCCAGGAGAUCCUGACCCUGGAUGCCGCCUCUGCUCACCCUGGCCUGGUGGUGUCCCCAGACCGGCACAGCGUGUGGCAUGGGAACAGUGGGGGCUGCCCGCCCAGCGACCACCGCAGAUUCUUCCCGGCCUCCUGCAUCCUGGGCUCUGAGGGCUUCUCCUCGGGCCGGCACCGCUGGGAGGUGGAGGCGGCUCACUGUGUCCUCGCCCACAACCCCGAGAACCAGGAGCUGGCGCGAUUCUACUGCCACGCGCAGCGCAGCAUCAGCCGCAGGCUCGUCCUGAGACAAGACCCCUCGGUGAAGAGAACCAUCUGCAAAUCCUGCUCCUCCCUCCUGGUCCCUGGAGUCAGCUCCACGGUGCGCCAGAGAAGGCGCCGCGGCCGACGCUGGUCAGUCAUACGGUGUCUCUGCUGCGGCCAGACCAAGCGUUUCCCAAGUAACCCCGCGUACAAGCUGUGGGCGGAGCAGCCUGAGGCUCUGCUGGAGAACCAGCCCCAAGCUGACCAGAAACCUGCAGCCCCCCAGGAUCCCCCGAAGGAGCCCUCAGCACAGAAGGCCAAAACCCCCAGUGUGACCUCCGGUCUCCAGAGCCGCCCCACCCCGCAGGGGACUACAGAGGCUGGGACCCGGGUGGGGAAAGGGGGCCCAAGCAGGAGGUGACCUCCGGGGAUGGCCGUGAGCAGGGGCCAGUGGCUUGGGGCCUGAUCCCAGUGGGGGGUGGCAAGGACAGGCCUGGGGCAGGUUUUAGGAGACUCCGUUCGUAAGAGAGGUGCCAAGACUGAUUUGAAAAGGGGGAGGAAGAGAAAUGACCCCCUCGAAACUAUCCACUCCUGGGGCACUGGCUGGCUCAGGGGGUGGGGAAUGGGAUACGGGGCCUUUCCCCUCUGUGGGGCACCAGCUCCCACCUGGCCCCAGGGCGGGGGACUGGCUGGCUCAGUGGGGCAAGGAACGGGACGUGGGGCCUUUCCCCCACUCGGGGGUGCCAGCUCCGAUCCAGCCCAGGGCAGGGGACUGGCUGGCUCAGGGGGUGGGGAAUGAGACAUGGGGCCUCUAGGGAGCGUCGGUUCUGAUUUGGUGGUUUUUUUGGGACCCUGG